UGACUGACUCGACAGUGCAUAUCGGGGCAGGAAGAACGAACGGAAUAUCGUUUGAUAGUUCAGUCUCGUCAGUCUGCCGUCAGCGUUUGAGUCUCCAAAGUCCAUUUGAGAAAGUGCUCCGAACCUCCUUUAUUCCCUUAGUGACAACCAAUUGACAGAUCUACGGUAGAAGGCAGAAUGUCAGACCCUGUAAGCCCAUCCCUCAAGGACCUUCCCAAGGUAGCAUUGGAUCUAAAGAGUGAAUUGGAGGGCUUUAACCAUGGCUGUAUGAAGAAGGCUGCAACUGCUGAGAAGAAUGUUCUGCCCUCAGCCGAAGACGUGAGACAAGAGCGACAGCACUGCGAGCUCAUUCAUGGAGUGGAGAACUUUAAUACAGACCGAUUGAAGCACAUUGACACCGUAGAGAAGAUUGUUUUACCUAAUGCCCAAGAUGUAGCUGCAGAGAAAACACAACAAACAUUGAUUCAGGGAAUCGAGGAAUUUGACCCAGCCAAACUGAAACACACAGAAACCCAGGAAAAAUACCACCUCCCGGACAAAGAUGCUGUAAAAGCUGAGAAGCAACACCAGAACUUACUGAACGGUGUUGAAAGCUUCAACAAAGCAGCAAUGCGGCAUGCUGAGACCCUUGAAAAAAAUCUUUUGCCCGACCCUCAAGCCAUCCAGGAGGAGAAGGGAAAGCAGCAGCUCAUUUCCGGAAUUGAAAAUUUUGAUCCAGCAAAACUGAAGCAUGCAGAGACACUUGAGAAAAAUCCUCUGCCUACCAAAGAAGCGAUCGACGCAGAAAAAGUAGCUGCUUGAACAGCGUUGGAAGUACUUACAACAUGCAGCCACCCAUCAUUUCUUCUUUCUCUAUAUACCUAACAUUUCGUAACUAUUAUUAAUAUGCCUAAUAUCAUAUGAAUACCGUGAUAAUAUAAUCUCAUAUUUCAUAUUUAUAAUUGCAAAAAUUUUACUAUGUUUAUAUCCUUCGACAUCUGUUUGCCUAAAAAGAAUACAAAAAUAAUGGAAUACAAAUCUGACAACCGAAAGUUCUAAUAUGUGAGAGGUGAAACUGAAAGUAAUUGAUAACAGAUAACAAAAAAAAAGUAAUUACAUUAAAAAAAAAACUACAUCCAUGGGAUAUAAAUGUGAAAUUCUGAUUAACUUUAAAGUGAUACGUAUGAAUUACUGUAUACAUUAUAAAUAUGAUGUGGCCAAAACUAAUUUCAUACUAUGAGCCAUAGUAACUGCUGGCACAAUACUAUUAGAUCUCAUAAUUCAGACAUUAUGUGCAUUAACAAUGCUUUAUGUGGCUUCAAAUUUAUAAAGGAUUUCUAUUUUUAAAAGCGCUGCUCAUAGACGUCGCAAAGAUUAUGGUUGUCAUUUUUUUUUUUUUACAUUUUGGAAGCAGCAAAUUUAUUAUUGGCGUUUCAUAUGUUAUACAUGUAUAUGCAACUUUUGCAGAGGUACUGGUCAGUAUAUUUGUGUAAAGAUCAUAUUUUAUAUAACGGGCUAUUGUACUUUUUAAUAUUCGUACAUGUUGCAUUGUCAUACCAAUAAAAUUAUUAUAAAUAAAAAAUAAUUUGUAUAAA